CUGACGACGAUGCACAGGGACAUUGUGCAUGAACGUCCCUGUGCGUCGUCAUCAAGGCAACGUCACUAGUCCGGGACCGGACCCGAAGCGUGGAAAAGAGGGCCCCCUGGUGAAAAUGGACAGCCCGCAACGACUAACCCUCCCCACCGGAUGGUCCCUGCACCAUAGAGGGCCCGAACCAGCUAACCCUUCCUUCCCACCGAGGGGAGGUUUCUCCAAUCCAGGAUCCUCUGCUGAUAUCUUCUAUAUAAGAGAAUUCUCCUGGAUGACCCAUCAACCAUGGAGAGAGACAGGAACAAGAUGGCCGACAGGAUCAUAAACCUCACCCUACAGAUACUCUUCCGGCUUACUGGAGAGGAUUACACAGUAGUGAAGAAGUCCUCUAGUGGGCGCUGUUGGGCCCCUGUGUGUGAAGGAUGGGGAAGAACCCUGAGCCCAAUCCCGGGGCCCCCACCUCACUCCCUGAUACAUGAGGAAAUGGAUGAACGGAAGAUCCGAGAACUCAUCAACAAGAUGAUGGAGCUGCUGACUGGAGAGGGAGAAGAUCCGAACAAUAUUAAUGCUCCAGAGACAGAUGUGAGCGGUGAUGAGCAGUAUAAGGAGAACAUUCCUACAGGGAAAGAUCUGAUCUAUAUUACUGCUACAGACAUAAAGGAAGAAGAAGAAGAGACAGAUGUGAGCGGUGAUGAGCAGUAUAAGGAGAACAUUCCUACAGGGAAAGAUCUGAUCUAUAUUACUGCUACAGACAUAAAGGAAGAAGAAGAAGAGACAGAUGUGAGUGGUGAAGAGCAGUAUAAGGAGGACAUUCCUACAGGAAGAGAUCUGAUCUAUAUUAAUGCUACAGACAUAAAGAAAGAAGAAGAGACAGAUAUGAGCAGUGAUGAGCAGUAUAAGGAGGACAUUCCUACAGGUAACCUCCCAGUUGCGCAAAUUGCGGAAAACUAUGUAACCAUGGAAACGUGUGAACUAAUCUGAAGACUUCAAAUCUACAGAAAACAACUACAUUGUGAAUAUAGAUUCUUGUACCAGGAGAUCAGAG